UGUGUUGCUGUGAUAUUUGUGUGACUGCUGAUCCAUCAGCCAAGAAUACUGUAAUAACUCUUCACUGUAACACCCAGGGUGCUUAUAAGAGAAUUUUAAUGAGUAUCAUGACUGGUUGAUAACUCCAUAAUGUCAGAACAGGUGGUCCCCACCUUUCCGUGGCACAAUGCUGACCCCAGUGAGGAGUCUGGCAAGCCCCAUGAGCACAACAGCACCGACACACACGACCAUGGCAAUGACAUAGUGGCUGAUGCUGACUCCAAUCUCCAGCCAGCUCCCCGAAUCUCGCACCAGGAAGAAAAAGUUGAGUGCCAUUACGUCGGUCAUGAUCAGGACUAGGAGUAGCCCGUUUUUCAAAGAUUGUUCCAGGAGACUAACGAUGCAGUUGUAGGCACAGCUCACGUACACGAACGGUAUAACCAUCUUGAGUAAGAUGAGUGAUCCCAUGAUAAACGGAGAGAAAACGGUCAGGAAACAGUAGACUGUGGCCGGGUCAAACGUGUUGAUGCUGGCAAUGUUCCCAAUCCCAAAGAAGGAGAGAAUCCCGAAAAACAGACACAUGGCCACCUGCCGGAUACAAUCAGCAGUAACAGGUGCAGAGUUUUCACUCGGAAGAAGUGUAGUUUCAAAUGGCUUUCUAAAAGAAAUGGAGCUCUCCCACAGGCUGGUAGAAGCUUUCAAAUGAGUCGCUGCUAGUUUCUCUUCUAUGGCUAGCCAGAUGUAUAGAACAGUGCAGAGCAAGAGAACGAAAAUGGCUUCGAAACUCAUACUCAGCAAAAUAAAGACUGUGUAUAAGGAGAGAGAGAUAUGUAGAAGACGCCCAGGGAGAUUCCUUGGACCGAUAAAAGGUGCAGUCAGUGAAAAGAUAAGUGUGCACCAGGAAAAUAUGUUUAUUGCAUACGGAAUGGCUUCUUUCUGGGAGAAAAAGGAGUUAGUUAGCAGUGGUACAAAAGAUGCAAGCCCUAAUAGAACAGUUUGAAAAGUGAGCAGAUUCGAAUGAAACCUGCGCGACGUAGGAGUGAACAUGUACUGUUGGUAGUUUCUCAGUGAGUAGACCAAACACAGAACUGCCGCCAGGCCAGACAGUGUGACAUAGAGAUAGUGUGCACUGCGACCUACAACCGGGAGCAGUGGAAACACUGACAGAGCAAAGCAAGCAAAACUCCAAGAGAGACAAAGUUUAAGGUUAGUAGCAGGCAAUGCAGUGCUAUAUGGCCACAGAGAGAGCAGCAAGAGACCAAUGCUCAGACCUUCCCUCAAGAAAAAACUCAAAACAAGCAGUUCCAGACCACACAGGGCAAGCACCACAGCCACCACAAUCUUGAAAGUCCCGGCCAAAUUAGUUUUGGCUGUGAGUAAUGCCCGCACCCAAUGUGGUCUUGUUUCUCCAGACACAGCUCCAAGUUAAGACAGGUAUGCUGUAGUAAGAGUAGUAGAGUAGUGGGGAGCUCUGUAUGAACAGGAGUAGGAACACAGUGGCUAGAACCACAGAGGUCUUGAGGGGAUACCUGCAGGUCUUCGUUCCUGCUGUUGUCAUCGCCACACUCUGUUCUAGUAUAGUGAGAACAGUGUAGGAGAUCCAGCCCAGGAACCCCAAGGUGGUGGCAGACAUGAGUGCCGGUCUGUGGUAAGUGUGGUAGUACCUCACUCCCUCUUUGACAAUGGCUAUCAAAUGCUGGGAUAAAUCAAUGGCCUCCUGGUACUUCUGCUCCCUUAUGUGGUUACGUAUCUUUAGCUUGUAGUCGCCCAUCUCCCCGAGAGAGAGCCUGGGAUAGGGCUUGAAAGCGUAUGGGAGUGAGUGAGAGCGUGUCCGCUCUGCUUUGACACGAAACUGCUCUAAGAGUUGUCUGGCAUUACCAUAAAUGGAAUUAGCCAAGAAUCCUUGAUUGUAGUGGAUAUAGCCCAGUGGAAGAACUCCCUCUGAGUUUACAGGGGUGGGGACUCCAAUUAGGGUAGACAUUAGAGGGGCAAUGUCGGCUUGCUCAACGUCCACCCUCUCAUAGCGACCGAGGCCCCAUUUCUCUGAGUAACUGUCGUGGAAGUUAACCUUGGAAUUUCUUGACGAGGUGGCCACUUUAACCCCUGCCCCAGCAGAUAAGCGGCGUCAUAGUCUCGUCAGGCAGCCCUGCUCCAUGCGAACCCCAGUUAGUCAUUCCGUGGUCAGACGUAAAGACAUACGCAGUUUUCUCAUCGCCAAAGUAAGAUUCAAUCAUUUCAACCACGCUUUCGAUCUCUCUAUCAACGAGACGGAGAUUUUCAAUGACUUCUUGCGAAGUGGGUCUGUGCGAGUGGCCGUUUGUGUCAAUACCGAGAAGAUGAAGGAAAAACACGACCUUGUCGUGGGAGACCUGAUUGUGAAGUUCAGAGUCGCUCGAAGCCCUCUUGAAAAACUCCCGCACCCUCUCAAACACCCACGUGUCGAGUUUCGAAGCGUCCGAGUCGGCAAAGUCCUCCCACUCUGCGUCGUACACGAAAGCAUCCACCUUACCCGCGGUGGCUCCCUUGGCAAACAUGGGGAGGAUGUCGGGGCUUCCCCAGGACCAGGUGUGGUGGGAGCGGUUGAAGACAGAGUCAAACGGGACGGGGUUAUCACGCCAGCCGUGAGUGACCGCACUUACAUCUUCGUAGAGUCCGGCUAUCAAUGCCACGUGCCCCGGUCGUGA